AUGGAGGCAUCAGAACAACGGCUGGAGCGGCAAUGGCGGCGUAGCAGCAACACAGAAUGGAGCGGAGAGGAGAGGAGAUCCGUCGUCGGGAGCAGUGGAGGAAGAACCAAACGACGGCGACAGCGGCCUCCGGCUUCGUCAUUUGCGGCGACAGUUGAGAAAACGACAGCAGCCCCGAUGUCGAGCUUCGAUCCCUUCGUCGGAGUCGUGAUGGCAGUCGCUCUUGGCUCACUGGAGUGUUACGGAGGCGACGCCGGAGUUAUAUCUACUUUAAAGUAUCUAAUCAACCAAAAUCAAAUCACUCCAAAUACAGGUAACAAAACAUACAAGAGCAAGAAUUGGGUAUGGAUACUAAUUGGCGUUAUCAUUCCUCUAUUAAUCAUAUGUUUUGGCAUAUUAUGUUAUAUAAAGAAGACAAAGCGUAAACGGAAAGAACAUGAGAGAUGGAAGAGAGAUGAAUAUUUCAUGGAGUUGACAAUUUCUGAAAGCUUCAAGGAUAUACAUCAGCUUGAAAACAAUGGUGGGAAAGGAAAUGACUUGUUAUUAUUUAGCAUUGCCUCUAUCACGGCUGCCACUGAUGAUUUCUUAGUUGAGAAUAAGCUCGGACAAUGUGGUUUUGGACCUGUUUACAAGGGAAGACUAAGUGAUGGGAGAGAAAUUGCAAUCAAAAGGCUUUCAAGAACAUCAGGGCAAGGGCUUGUGGAAUUCAAGAAUGAACUAGUACUCAUUGCUAAACUCCAACAUACAAAUCUUGUUUGGGUUCUUGGUUGUUGCAUUCAUGGUGAUGAAAAGAUGUUAAUAUACAAAUAUAUGCCUAACAAAAUCUUACAAUUGAGUUAUAUGCUUCCAUGUGGUUAUAUGUCUCCUGAGUAUGCAAUGAAAGGGACUUUCUCUAUCAAGUCUGAUAUCUUGAGCUUUGGAGUCUUGAUCUUGGAAAUCAUAAGUGGAAAAAGAAAUAGCAGCUUUGUUCAUGUUGACCGGACUUUCAAUCUUAUUGGAUAUGCAUGGGAGUUAUGGCAACAAGGGGAUACAUUGGAAUUGAAGGAUCCUACAUUGGGAAAUAAUUUUGUUGUACAACAAUUAUUGAGGGCUGUUCAUGUUUCCCUUCUAUGUGUACAUGAAAGUGCAGUCGAUAGGCCAACAACAUCUGAUAUGAUCUCCAUGCUUCUUAAUGAUGCCAUACCGUUACCCACUCCAAAUAGGCCAGCAUUCAUCAUCACUACCAGAAUGGAAUCAGAGUCGAAGUCAACUUCGAAUGAAAAUAAAGCAAAAGAUUGCUCUGUAAACAAUAUGACCAUCACUGCUUUAGAGGGUAGGUAG